AUGGCUGCCGCCCUGCCUCCCCCAGAGUGCGUGCUGUGCCACUGCUCGGACACCAGCUUGGAUGGCUGCGGGCCGAUGUUGAAGGUGGACGGGGUCUGCGCCCACGUGCACUGCCUGCUGCGGGGCUUUGCUGUCUUCCAGUAUCCAGCCCAGGGCCUGUACCAGCGAGGCCCUGAAGGGGAAGGAAUCUUGGGAUUCCGCUGCGCGGAUAUCAGGCGGGUAGCGGGUCGGGCAGCUCGCAAGCGCUGCUGCGUCUGCCGCAAGAAGGGGGCCACCGUCGCCUGCCGGCAGAAGCGGUGCUCGCGCCGCUUCCACCUUCCCUGCAGCUCCCAGCGGGGCUGCAUCUCGCAGUUCUUUGGGAAGUACAGCUCCUUCUGCUGGGAGCACCGCCCGCAGCAGACCGUGGAGACACUGCAGGAGGGGCACACCACGUGCAUCAUCUGCAUGGAGGUGGUGGAGGACAGCCUGUCCUACACCACCAUGGUGUGCCCCUCCUGCAAGCACGCCUGGUUCCACCGGGGCUGCAUCCAGGCACUUUGCGUGCCCCACUGCCGGGACUGGGAGCGCUUUGUCCCUGAGAUGCUUCAGAUGGGAAUCUGCGUGCCCAACAAGCCCUGGCAGCUCCUGCUCUGCUCCUCCUGUGCCGCCAGCGGGACCCACCGCCGCUGCUCCGGCCUUGCGGACACCACCCAGCAGUGGGAGUGCGCUGGCUGCGCUGGCCCGGGCACUGGCACUGGUAAGGGGCACGGCGCGCUCAGGCUCGGGGCGGCAGAGCCCUCCAUGCCCUCUCAGGGAAGGACCGCAAAGCUGGGGCCUCUGCAGGCCAGGCAGGGUGGGCAGAUCUGCUGACCUUCCUGCCUCCCCUUGCAGCUCCCAGCUCCUCUCCCUCACCACCGGAGAGGAGAGCCGGCCGUGGCAGGGUGCUGCCCCAGCGCCACAGCCCCUACAGCCGGCCACAGCCCUGAGCCUGCAGGCACGCCUGGUUCCACCGGGGCUGCAUCCAGGUAGGAGGCCCUUCCCUCUGCCAGCCCGCAGGGACACCAUGCGCCCAAGCAGCGUCCUGCUCACACGGGGAGUCUCCCUUCCACAGGGACAGGCACUUCGGGCACUUGCUCUGCUUCUCCUGUGCCGCCAGCGGGACCCACCGCCGCUGCUCCGGCCUUGGGGACACCACCCAGCAGUGGGAGUGCGCUGGCUGCGCUGGCCCAGGCACUGGUAAGGGGACAUGGGGUGCUCAGGCUCGGGGUGGCAGAGCCCUCCGUGCCCUCUGCAGGCCAGGCAGGGUGGGCAGAUCCGCUGACCUUCCUGCCUCCCCUUGCAGCUCCCAGCUCCUCUCCCUCACCACCCGAGAGGAGAGCCGGCCGUGGCAGGGUGCUGCCCCAGCGCCACAGCCCCUACAGCCGGCCACAGCCCUGAUCCCGGCCUGGGGACAGAAGAUCCAUCCUGGUGUCCCGCUGCCAGACAGGGUCAGGCUGUGCACUUGCGGGCGUCCUUCACGGAGAGGACCUCAAGGAGGUGCUCAGUGGGGGAACGCUCGCACCCAAAGGCAGGCGAGGGGUGGCACUCAGCUCCUGCCGAGAUGAGGGGAUGGAGCUGAGACACGGCGAAGGAGCUGGGACUUGCUGAGGAGGAAGAGCCAUGGAGCCAGGAUAAGAGAUGGAGGCGAGACCAAGCCUGGAACUGGAUGGGGAGAUGGAGCUGGGUCUCCGCGACAGAAAUGCGCCUGGGUGAUGGAGCCAGGACGGAGAUGGAAUUGGGAUGGUCACAGAGCCACGCUGGUAGGGAGAGAGCUUGGGCAGGAGAUGAUCCCUCAAGCUGGAAGGGACCCCCCAGUGCUCUCCUAUGUUUGUAAACUGUCCCUACAGCGCAGAGGCAGGUAGUUAGCCUAAGCCAGAGCCUGAGAACAAUGUUUACCAGGAAGAACAAAAACAGCGCACAAAGCUGACCCAAAGGAGAAAACAACUCCCUUGUUUCCCAUUCUGCUCUUUCCCUCAGCCACUCAGCACACAGUGUGCUGCAGCUCGCUUGCAUUUUCCUGUGCAUUUUCUUGUACAAAUAAAGUGUGUUUGGUUUCUUGUCUAUGUGAUUAUCACUUCUUGAACACUCAGACUAAGACAUAAAUACACACAAAACACCCACCCCGCAAAA